UUGUUCUUUGGAGUUCAGGGUGUUUUAAAUGACUGAUGGCAGUGGUGAGUGAACUGACAUAGAAGCAGCACUUGGCCUGCAUGUAGCAGGCGCUUCAUUAAAAUGUGGGCUGCUACAGGAAGUGAUCAUUAUUUCUCGUCUUCCGCUUCUACUCCUCAAGCUGUAAAAUGGAGGAAACUCGGACUCUAAUCGAUCUCUCCUUGCCCUGAAAAUUUCAGUCCUGAACCAGUCUUCAGAGCUCAUCUAUGAAAGGGUACCGGGGAUAAAGACGUCACUGCCUCACACCUCAUCCGCACGGGGUUGCAGACCUGGAAAGCUGCACGUGGAGCAACCAUGAGGAUUACCGCUCCGCUGACAGCAUGCCUGGGACUUCCCCGGAGGUCUAGUGGCUAAGACUCCGCUCCCACUGCAGGGGGCCCGGGUCCCGUCUGUGAUGAGCCACAUGCCGCGACUAAGAGUUUGCAGGAUGCCACCGGAGACCCUGCAUGCUACAGUGAAGAUGGAGGGGCCCCGUGCCACCCUCGAGACCUGGGGACAGUCAGACAACUAUUGUGGACUCAGCUCUGAUACCACGAGAGACUGGUGUCAAAUCGGUUUACAGCCAAUGAGAUUGGAUUCCACCAUUCUUACAAGAAACCUCCUUCAUAACUGUUUGCAGUCCAGUGUGUUCUCUUAGAUGAGAACAUAGAUGGAGUUACAGCUACUACGCUGGAAAUUCUGGGAAAAUCCUGGUAAUUUCCUUGGAGGAAUUUUGGCAGAAAAUACCCAGGGGCACAUGGAUACACCAUCUCGUUCAGUCCUCAGUCUUUUGGUCCCUUCAAGGCUCUGUUUUGGCUCCCAGAGGACGUUUCAUGGACUAACAUCUCUGACUCAACAGCUCCUCAGGUAUAUUCUGCUUUACAGUUUACGGCGAGGGUGCACAGCCUUGGUCUCCUCUCACCCUCAUGACAGUUUUUACGAGGCAGGCAAACCCCCGCUAGUCCCCACGUCACAGAGGAGUAGGAUUCAGGGACCAGGUGAUUGCGAAUUCGGAGGAAGAGCUCUGAUGGAGCCAGAUCCCACGCUGCCCAGCCACAAGGGUUGGAAUGACCUGGUUCCAGUCUACAUUUUUGGCCUCAUUUUAUGCCACUGCAACAGACUCAUUGGUCUUCUUCCUGCUGCUCUUCCCCACAUCAAGGCCUCAGCUCAUGUUUCACUGUUGCCGAGAGUGAACUUUCUUUCUACUUUACGCAGUGAACACCCGUGUGCAAAGCACUUCCCUGACCUCCCAGCACAGGUGAGUUUUCUGUUAAAUCUUCACCUGAUAUCUGGAACGCCUCCGUGUGCAUAGCACAAGUGUAAUAACAUACCUGUGGAGUUACUCUCACUUUUUCAUUUAUAACCUGCCUAUUAGAUGCCAAACCCUGUCUAUUUCUAAGAGCAGUGCAUCACUUCUCUCAAAGAGGGCCUUGUCUACCUGUGCCCUGAGCACCUAGGACCCUUCUGCACAUGUAGUAUGGGUACUCAGUAAAUAUCUUUUCAGUGAAGAGUGGAGCUUUAAAAAGUAAUGUGCCAGACCCUCACUGUCAUUAGCGCACGCCGAUCACACAGUGUCCUACUGGGAAUGUCCUCUCCUGAUGGGGGGAGUGAGGAGUGGUCUGUUUGGUUUUCUGUAUGUGCACUUUGAAGUCAUGUUCUGUCUUGUGUUAUUGGCAUUUGGGAAACGAAACUGGCGGUACUGGUGGGUGUCUCAGAAAAGGUGUGAAUAUUUAUGCUUACCAAAAGAGAACAGGGUUUAAUAGAGACAGUUGUGUCAUUUCUUCAUUAUUUCAUCCACUUGUUCACUGAGCGAUUCAUUCAUUCACACCUGCUAUGCAGCAAGCGUGAUUCUGAGGUCUGAGAAUGUAACAACAAUGAUACAGACAACAUUCUUGCCCUCUUGGGACUGCAGGUUUUAAUGGCAGAAGCUCUAAUGAGUCUACCCUUAAAUAUGAUGGCGUAAGAUUAGGAACCAAGGCUGUGGGGAUUGAACAGAUAUAGCUCUGUACUAGGAAUUAUAUUUAUGAUUCUUUUAUUAAUUGGAUGAAUGACAUUCAUAAAACUAUCUCUGAGCAUAAUGAAGCAGUUGAACCAUAAUAAUGUAUUAAAAUUCUCCUUAAGCUUUGAGAGGCUGUGAUUGUGAGUGCUAGCCAGAUAGGUUUAAAUUUACUACCUACUCCCAAAUUCCAUUUUCUUAUUUACAAAGGGAAAAGUAGGAUAUAUACCCAUCUAACCUCCCAGAUUGGUAGUAAGGAGCAAAUGACUUACUAUACACAUGAGGGCUGGAAAACUUUCCAACAUUGCACACCUAAGAGCCGUUAUCACCAUGAGGAUGGUGGUAUUGCAGUGACCCAAAUGGAAUCCCUUCUUUUGCCAUGGAGGGGAUUGACUAUCAAGGUGAUAGGGUGGUCUAUCAAGGGUCUGUCACCCCUAUCAAGGGGUGGUCUCCUUGGGGACCACAUGCAUGGGAUUCAUUAUCUCAGGACCGAAGUCAAUUCAAACCAGCCUUUAUGGUAACUCCUCCAAAGCUCCUAACAA